CCAUGCUCUGAUGCACCUGCAGCCAGCCACAGACGAUGCAGGGGCUGCGCGGAAGGCCGCGAAGUUUCGGAUCAUGUCCAUCGUGGAGGGCGGUAUGGGCCUCACCGACACCUGCGACGACGCGUGCGCGGCCGUCGGUGCGUUUCGCCCCGACGUCGUGGUGCUCCAGGACCACAGCACCACCCCCGCGGGGCUCCACCCCGCGGAGUCCCCGGGCGCUGCGAGGGCGGCAACGGAGCGCAAGUUGCGAGAGGCGCUCGGGCCCGCCCUGCGGCAGCACCUGCCGCCGGGCGCGGUGGUGCUGCUCUUCGCCACGUGGGCGCGGCCGCAGCUGGCGUUCGCCGACGGGGCGACCCGCGCGCGCUACGGGGUCGAGGCCAUGGGCCCGGACGGCAGCGAGCUGAGGAUGCUGGAGCUCCUGGAGCAGGGCUACCUGGAGUACGCCCGCAUCCUGCGGGAGGUCGCGGCGGGGGCGUUCUCCGUUCGCGUGGUGCCAGUCGGCAGGGCGAUGUACGCCGCACGGCAAGCGCUUCCAGACGGGGGCUUGGCAGACUCGGUGUUCGUGCCCGGGGACUGUCGCCGUUCUGCUCCCGUCAUCCCUCCGGGCGGGGGACCUUCCUCGCCGGACUCGUGCUGA